CCCAAACCUGUGGCGGGAGUUGGAGAUUUUGCGGCGACUGCACCAGGUGUGGACGUCUAGGAGUGGCGUGUCUGGCAAGUGGUUAGUUUCUGGCGUGGGGGCUAGAAAGAAUCAUCAUGCCUCGAGUUCAUAAUGUGAAAAAGUCUCUCACGCCUCAGAUUGCUUGUUUGACAAGUGAAUCUUACAAGCAACUGGAUUUUUUGCCUGACAAACUAAGAGCAAAGCUCCUUCCAUUCCAGAAAGAUGGCAUUACUUUUGCCCUCAAAAGAGAUGGCAGGUGUAUGGUGGCUGAUGAAAUGGGUUUGGGGAAGACAAUCCAAGCAAUUGCGAUUGCUUACUUCUAUAAAGAGGAAUGGCCUCUUUUAAUAGUGGUCCCUUCAUCUCUGAGGUACCCUUGGACAGAAGAAAUCGAGAAAUGGAUUCCAGAACUAGGCCCAGAAGAAAUCAAUGUUAUUCAGAAUAAGAGUGAUGUUGGGAGAAUAUCAACCAGCAAAGUGACAGUUCUGGGUUAUGGUCUUUUAACCACAGAUGCACAGAGUUUGAUAGAUGCAUUGAAUAACCAGAACUUCAAAGUAGUGAUAGUGGAUGAAUCACACUACAUGAAGUCCAGAAAUGCAACCCGCAGCAAGAUUUUAUUGCCGCUAGUGCAGAGAGCCAAACGAGCCAUUCUUCUUACCGGAACUCCGGCUUUGGGAAGGCCUGAAGAGCUCUUUAUGCAGAUUGAAGCUCUCUUCCCCCAAAAAUUUGGGACGUGGACUGAGUAUGCCAAAAGAUACUGUAAUGCACAUGUCAGAUACUUUGGUAAAAGGUCCCAGUGGGAUUGUAGAGGGGCAUCAAAUCUUAAUGAGCUUCACCAACUAUUAAGUGACAUAAUGAUUAGAAGAUUAAAGACUGAAGUUUUAACCCAACUGCCCCCUAAAAUCAGACAGCGUAUUCCCUUUGAUCUUCCAUCAGCAGCAGCCAAGGAAUUAAAUGCCAGCUUUGAAGAGUGGGAAAAAUUAAUGAAAUCUCCAAAUUCAGAUGCCACAGUGACUGUCAUGGGGUUGAUUACACGCAUGUUUAAGCAGACUGCUAUUGCUAAGGCAGGAGCUGUAAAGGAUUAUAUUAAGAUGAUGCUCCAGAAUGAUUCACUUAAAUUCCUGGUUUUUGCACACCAUUUAAGCAUGCUCCAAGCUUGCACGGAAGCAGUCAUUGAAAACAAGACUCGUUAUAUUAGGAUAGAUGGAAGUGUUCCAUCUUCAGAAAGAAUACGUCUGGUCAAUCAGUUUCAAAAGGAUCCUGAUACUCGGGUGGCUAUCCUAAGCAUACAGGCUGCAGGCCAGGGUUUAACAUUUACCGCUGCUAGUCAUGUCGUAUUUGCUGAGCUAUAUUGGGACCCUGGACAUAUAAAACAAGCAGAAGAUCGUGCUCAUCGAAUUGGACAGUGCAGUUCUGUGAAUAUUCACUACCUUAUUGCCAAUGGAACUCUAGACACUCUUAUGUGGGGAAUGUUGAAUCGUAAGGCUCAGGUUACAGGGAGUACACUGAAUGGUAGGAAGGAACGACUUCAGGCAGAGGAAGGAGAUAAGGAAAAAUGGGAUUUCCUGCAGUUUGCUGAAGCCUGGACUCCAAAUGACUGUUGCGAAGAGCUCAGGAAGGACGUUUUGUUCACUCAUUUUGAAAAAGAAAAACAGCAUGAUAUUCGAUCAUUCUUUUUACCGAAACGUAAAGAAGGACAGCUGGUGUCUUCCAGUGAUGAAUCAAGGAUACUCCAGGAGAAAAAUACGGUAGCAGCGCUGGACCCCAGAGAAAGAGCUGCAAGAGAUAUCUCUGAUUGUGAAAGUCAUUUUGAACCUGAAGCUAAAAAAUUGAAAUUGGUCACCACCAAUGACUGUGGCAGUCCCCCGGAGGAGAAGCCACCAGGGUCCAGACAAACCAGAGCUCCACUCGUGGAAGGUGUCCACAAGGCCAAGUUCCAGUCAACCGAGACAUCCCUUCCUGGAAAAGACUGGCAGUGUGGUUUCUGCACCUAUAUCAAUAAUGCAGUGUUACCUUAUUGUGAAAUGUGUGAGAACCCCAAAGGCCGAGCUGGUGAGUCCAGGGAAGGUGACCAUGGAAGUUGGUCAGAUAAUCUGUUACCUACUGUUGCCAAAGGUAACCUCAACCAUAUCCAAGAUGAAAAGAAAAAUGAGAAAGUUGAUUGUCAGAAAGACCCACCUGAAGAAGUACGUGCUAGCUCUAACUGUGGAAACCAAGUCUGUGCUCAGCCAGACCAAGAGUGGUUGACUGAGAGUAAGGAGAAAACUUCCAACCUUGAGGGACAAGAAGGACUCGCACUCCAGCCAGAGCAGUUGAAGAGCACAGACACAUUGCCAGUAUAUGAUACCUUAAUGUUUUGUGCAAGUAAGAAUACUGACCGGAUUCACCUCUACACUAAGGACAGAAAACCGAUGAACUGUAAUUUCAUCCCUCUGGAUAUAAAAUUAGACCUUUGGGAAGAUUUACCAGCAAGUUUUCAGCUGAAACAAAAUCGUUUACUGAUUUUAAGGUUUGUUCGAGAAUGGAGUAGUCUAACUGCCAUGAAACAAAGGAUAAUAAGGAAAAAUGGGCAGCUGUUCUGUAGCCCAAUCCUUGCUUUGGAAGAGAUCUCGAAGCAACAAACCAAACAAGAUAGUACCAAAAGAUACAUAACCAAAGAAGAUGUUGCCAUAGCCUCGAUGGACAAGGUGAAGAAUGAAGGGGGCCAUGUCCGGCUGAUCACAAAGGAAUCCAGGCCAUGGGAUCGUUCCACAAAAAAUUUUUUCGAAGAUGGAGCCUGUGUCCCAUAUCUAAAUCCCUGCACCGCCCAAGCUGAUCUCACUGUGAAGCCUUCUACAUCCAAAGGCUAUUUGCAAGCUGUGGAUAAUGAAGGAAAUCCACUUUGCCUCCGCUGUCAGCAUCCCACUUGCCACACUAAGCCAGAGUGUAAAGCAAACGCUUGGGAUUCACGGUUUUGCUCUCUCAAAUGUCAGGAAGAGUUUUGGAUUCGAUCUAAUAACAGUUACCUGAGAGCCAAAGUAUUUGAAACUGAACAUGGUGUGUGUCAGCUGUGUCAUGUGAACGCACAAGAACUCUUUUUACGUCUGAGAGAUGCUCCUAAAAGUCAGAGGAAGAAUCUCCUGGAUUCUACCUGGACGUCAAAGCUCCCGUUAGAACAGCUAAAUGAAAUGAUAAGGAACCCGGGGGAAGGACAUUUCUGGCAGGUGGAUCACAUCAAGCCUGUGUACGGGGGCGGCGGACAGUGCUCACUGGACAACCUGCAGACUCUCUGCACGGUCUGUCACAAAGAGAGAACUGCCAGACAAGCCAAGGAAAGAAGUCAGGUGAGAAGACAAUCUCUGGCAUCAAAGCAUGGAUCAGACAUCACACGAUUUUUGGUAAAGAAGUAGAACAUUCUGUGAAUGGAUGACAAAUGGUUUACAUGUGGGAGAAUUGAACACAAUUUUUUUUUCCAUUUCUGCCUAAAAUGUUUCAGAAUGAAAAUCAAGAAUUCAGAUUCUGGUUGUGUACUAAGUACUUUCAGUGUUAAAUACUUUUUGAAAGUACUUAACAGAAGCUAAGUAUUCCUGUAAUCUUGUUGAUUUCACGCACACUGCUAGCUAUGUCUCACAAGCUUUUAAGUUGUCAUUUCCCCAGAUAUGCCUUAAUCACUGUGUCACACAUAGCAAAUGCUUGAAAAAUAUGUUCUUAAUUACCAGAAAAAUGCUCUGGGCUAGUAUCCGUUCUGGACUGUCAUAGGUCUAACUGGGAGAUUGUAAAAAAGAAAAACUUAGGCGGGUAAAUCAUCAUUCAGGAGUUCUGAACCAAGCGUGAGCAGCCAGCUCAGUGUGUAAGACACUGAACGCCUCCAAAAUGGGCCUGGGGCACGUUGUGGACAUAGUCUGUGUAUCAAAACAUUAAAUAAAUCAUACUUUUGAUAGUAAGACAACUGUACUGAUCAUGUUUGCAGAUAAUCUGGCAGUCCUGUAUAAAGUUAUUAACUAAAAAUAUUAAACAACUGAAAAUAAAAAUGUAA